AUGCCUGCUCCUCUGACCUCCGAGAUGUCCCGACGGAGUUUAAGGGAGCGCGGAUACCCAGCGACAGGGUUCUUGUCACGAUUCCGGGUGUUCCAGGGGAUUCCGAGCCACUACCCGCUGCGGACUCGAGUGCGCAUGAAGCUCAAGUUUUCCAAGCUCGGGACUGCGUGGGAGAUAUUCCAGACGGUCUUUGCUCUGCUGGUGUCGGCCACGUACGUAGUUCAGACAUACGAGCCGCACGAUGAAGGCCAGAUGCCUACAUUCGACACGACCUCCAUGAUCGUCUUCGCUUCCGACUAUUUCCUCAACCUCUACUGCUGCGAGAACCGGUGGCAGUUCGUCUUCAGCGUGAACGGGAUCAUGGACGCGCUCACGAUCUUCCCGGCGCUAGUGGACCAGUUCGGUACAGGCUACGGCAAGUCCUUGCCCUUCAUCCGCUUCGUUCGAGUCAUGCGCAUGCUCAGACUCAUCCGCGUCGUGCGCGUGGCUGGGUCCCAAACAGUAUCCGCCGUACAGAAGCAAGUGUACACGAUCAUCCUCCUCACGACCUGCUUGAUCUUCGUAGCUGCCGGUAUCUUCCACGCCGUCGAAGGGAACGAAGGAGCCCAGCCAGAUCUGACGUUCGGUGAGGCUCUGUACUUCAUCGUGGUCACCAUCGCGACGGUCGGCUACGGUGACAUCGUGCCGGUCACGUCUGGAGGGCGUGCAGUCGCUCUGGGUGUUAUCAUCGUGUCGUUCACCAUGAUUCCUACGGAGAUCUCCCGCCUCACUCACCUCAUGGCUCUGCAAUCGCACUUCCGAACGACGUAUCAUCCGUCGGUGGGGAAGCCGCACAUCUUGGUCGUUGGUCACGUCAUGGAGCCCCGCUGUCUGCUGAAUUUCUUCCGAGAGUUUUACCACCCAGAUCGCGCCUUGGGAUCGAUGAACUCGUUCGCCGGCCCAGCAGGAACACAGCACGAGAUCGACCCGUCCAUAGUCGAGCUUCCUUGUGUGAUUGUUGGACCCAGAGAGCCUACAGAGGAGAUCAUCACCUUGUUAGAUCACCCCGUGCUUCAGAACAGAGUCACGUACAUCAAAGGAUCAGUGAUGAGUGAAGAGGACAUGUGUCGAGUGGGCGCCGAUGCAGCGCGGGCGUGCUUCGUCCUUGCCUCCAAAGCAGCACCAAAUACCAAGCAGACGGACGCCGAGACGGUCAUGCGCUUGCUCGCCAUUCGAAACUAUAACCCGGACCUGCCGGUGUACACCCAGAUAGUUAGUCCUGUCUUCUUGGACUACAUCAACGGGGUGGACGCGGAUCAACUGCUGUGCUUGGACCAGAUCAAGAUCAGUCUGCUAGCCAAGAGCUGCCUCUGUCCAGGACUCGUAACUCUCAUCAGCAAUUUGUUCCGAUCCACGACUCUGGUCAACCGGCAGACGCUCACGAGCUGGGAGCAGGAGUACGCUGAAGGAAUGGCCCUGGAAGUCUACGCCACCACGCUACCGUCGGUGUUCCAUGGUCUCACCUUCAGCCAGGCGUGCGAACUUCUCUAUAAAAUCUCGUAUGGAGAGGUCAUCCUGCUAGCAGUCACCAAAGCGAUACCACAACUGCGCAGAUGCUCGUGGACACACCAAGUGGAACACCCCGCGCAGAUGCUCAGCAACCCCGGUAAUUCAGUUAUCAUGCGUCCAGGUCAACUGGUCUACGUGAUGAGCGAGAGUAAAAGGCUCACACUUACGAGCUCCAUCUCCAACGAGCUGAAGACCUGGCUAGCCAAGGGGAAUGUGCUGCCAACGCGAGGGGUAAAGUACAACGCGAUCGUUGCAGAUUCGGCAGAACUCAGGAUAGUAGACGAGAUGUUCAUCGAAGAGGCCAAGUACCCGUCCACAGGCGACAGCAUCCGAAACCACAUCAUCGUCGUCUCGGACCUCGACAUAACCUCCACGGUAGCAUUCGCGCAAAUGCUGCGUCUGGAGCGCCACGUGUCGGGUAGUAGCGAUUAUCACCCGAUCAUCUUUCUGUCGUGGUCUUCAUCCAAAAGCGCGAGCGCCACUUGUCGAGAGCUCCGCGAAUUCGACGAUAUUUUCAUCAUGCUGGCAACUGGAGACUCCAAGCGCGAGCUGCUUCGCGCGAAUAUCCUCGACGCCAGCCGCUGCGUAGUUCUCGCGGACAAGUCCAACAUCCAGGAUGUCGACGGUGAAGCUGUUGAUAGCCAGACGAUUUUCCAUUACCUGGCUGUCCUAUCGAUUCAGGCAGAGAACGGUAUGGACACCACCUCGGGUCUCAUGCCCAUGGUCGAGCUCAACAUGCCUCGAACGAUGCAAAUCCUCGAUUCAACGCUGAAGAAGCGGACAGCCACCGACUUCAAACGCAAAAUUGGUAAGGCAAACGUCGUCAAGAACAUCUACCUGCGUGGAGCCGACAACAUCAUCUCUCUCGACCAGCAAGUCAAGCUGAGCAAACGGAUCAACACCAAACGCACACUCAUCCGGCGGGAGCUGGAGUCCACGCGACGGCAUUACUUCGACGUGCGCAGAUCGGCCCUGCUGCCAUUCUUCGCGGCAGGCUACGGGUUCUCGGACGACAUCUUCGACAACAUGCUGUGCCAGAGUUUCUUCACGCCGGGGCUGAUCCGCUUGAUCUACGAGCUCCUGUUCUCCGAGAAUGGCCGUCCCGCGGCUCUAUCAGGCGAUGACAGGAACUUCUCCUCAUGCACCGCAAGCUCGAUAGUGCAGAUUCCAGUGCCGUCCAAAUUCGUCCAGAGAACCUUCGGCGAGCUCUUCCUGCAUCUGCUCUCCACCAAGGAAAUCGUCGCUAUUGGGCUGUACCGCGGCACUGGAACUCCGUUUCAGUUGCCCUAUGUGGCCACAGGCCCCGACAGCGACACGGUUCUGGCUGAAGACGACUUGGUUUUCGUCCUGGCACACCCGGAUGCCCUCAAGGCUGCAAAGCGACCACGACAGCAACACGAGUCGGAUCCGGUUGCAGGUGCGUCAAGCCACAACCACGUCAAAUUCCACGAAAGGGACGAUACUACGACCCAAGCUGCAGCGAAGGAGUCGUCGGAGACACCGCUGCCAUCGUUGCCGCAGAACCCGAAGGGGCCUGCACUCGUUCGAGGAAACUUCAAUUAG